CGAGCGCCCUGCGAACACACGGCUGCGUCUAUCAGGUCAUGGUUUCCGAUGACAUUGACAAACCGACCUUUGAUUUUUUAAGUUUUACGUCAUUAUUAUUUCCUCGCUUUCUUUGGGCGUAUAAUCGGAUAAGUGUGCAACAGUCCCGUGCCGAAAUAUCGGGGAAUAUUGCGUAAACAAGGAUAAUGAGAGUAGGUGGAGCCGGCGGAGGCGCUCACACGCCCCUCUAACUUUUUUCUCGACGUCUGGGCGGCGCGGAGAGCACGCCUCGAAUCCCACGCGCGAUCGCGUCCGCCAAACGCUCCAAAGAGAAACCGACGCGUCGGCGACGCGCCGACGGCCUCCGCGUAUACAAACUUUCAAACCGCGUGAUGCGAAAAGUGAACCGAAAACAACAAGCCGCUCCGCGUUCCCCUAAUUAGGCCCAACUAACGACAUCGAGCGAUAAAAUUCCGCACAUUUAUCGCGGUAUUUAUUAUUCGAUACCGUUUGUACACAACGUGUGUUAUAUGCAAUGUUUACGGAAAAAUUCGCAUGGAUUUUAGUGAGCAAAUGACUUUCGGUGUCGCAGAAUAUCUUGUUUAGUUUUGCGGGAGGCUUUCGGGGAGUUAACGCGUUUCGUAAAGGAUGAAUUCGGAAAGAGAAGAUGUAGUGUUACCAACAUGAGGAAGUUGAAAGUUGCAGUUGGAAAACGCAGAAUGCACAGAACGUACCCGGGGGCGAUAUACUUUGUGCUGAUUGCAUUUUUUGAGGUUGUGAGCUCAAGAGACAACAUGCUGCCACACCACCUUAAGCUCAGUUCUACUCUAACUUGUCGACUCAUCGGUGGUCUGACCCGAGAACAGAGAUCUGUCUGCCACGACGCGGCCGAUACAGCAGCCAUCGCCUUCGAGGGUCUGCAGAUGGCGGUCAAGGAGUGCCAGCAUCAGUUCCGCUGGCACAGGUGGAACUGCUCCAGUCUGCUGGUCAAGAGUUCCAAUCCCCAUGCCAGUGCUAUUAUGAAGAGAGGAUUCCGGGAAACCGCGUUCCUAUACGCCCUAACAGCAGCGGGAGUAUCUCACGCAGUGGCCCGGGCGUGCGCCCAGGGCCGGCUCAUAUCCUGCGGCUGCGACCCCCUGGGAUACCGCGCAGCCCAUGAGAGGGGCCGCACGAGGACCAACAAGUGGGAGUGGAGUGGCUGCUCCCACAACCUGGCCUAUGGCGUCGAGUUCUCCAAGAAAUUCCUUGAUGUACGGGAAAAGGUGGACGAUCUGCAGUCGAAGAUCAACGUACAUAAUAACAAUGCUGGUAGAUCGAUUCUAUCAUCUCACAUGGAGGUGCGGUGCAAGUGUCACGGGCUGUCAGGAAGUUGUCAACUGCGGACGUGUUGGCGCGCCACGCCCGACUUCAGAGCUGUGGCUUCUACUAUUAAGAGACAAUACCGCAAAGCUUUAGUAGUAGCCCAAGAAGAGCUCAAUAACAGCCCUUCAGUGUUACGAGGGCGGCCACGAGGAAGAAGGAGGAGUCGAGCAAGACCUGCACCGAAGUCUAGCUUGCUGUUUUUUGAGAAGUCCCCAAGUUUUUGUGAAGCAGACCCGAAAUUUGAUUCCGCGGGUACAUCAGGGAGAGUAUGCCGCAUCGGAAGGACAACAAGGACUGGAUCCUGUGACCUGCUGUGCUGCGGACGAGGACACGCCCUCAUCAGAAAGUCAAGUAUCAAACCAUGUAACUGCACCUUUCACUGGUGCUGCAGAGUCGACUGUCAGAGGUGCCAGGAUGAUAAAUGGAUUUCAAUUUGCAAGUAACGACGUGUAGUUAGCAGAUUUUGCUUCUAAGAUGGUUAGUCUUUUGUAUUGAAUGAGAAUACCAGGCUGAACAUUAAUUGGACAUUUUUUGUGUAAUUUAAUAUUUUUAUGCUGCUGAAUAUGUUGCCCAAAAGCGAGGACAAUGGAGAUGAUGACUAGGUUUGAAUAUAUUGAUGUUUACGAGACAUUCGGGUAAAUAACUAAUCGAUACUGACAAAUUUCUUUACUAUUAGCACAUUCUUAAUUUAUAACAAUUCAAAAACUGGCAUCAUCCCUGUUCUUAAUUCCAAUUAACAAGUACUCGUAAUAGUUCAAAUUAGUAUUUUUUCACAAAGAUCGCGGAAAUUUACAUGGAGACAGAAUAUCCAGCAAUGCAGAAAAUUGAAGAUUCAGGCGACAAAUUAAAUGAGCCUAUAAUAAUUAACGAAUUGCAUAAAAGAAAUAGUUUCGACUAUUUCUACCACACAACAAAAAACGCUAAUUUUUGAUGGAGAUUCUAAAGGCAUUAUAAAAUCAAUACGUCGAUAGCUGAUAUAUAUCUAAUGUUGCCCAAAUUUCCCAUCGGUAUAAAGAGAUAUUGAAAUAUCUUGAUAACAUAAUAAAUAAUAAGACUUAGUACUUCAAAAGACAUAUUUGUUAGCACAAUUGUGUAAUAAAAAUUGUUAAUUUUAUUUAUUAGCUAAUGCAAGUUUCAUAAUGACCCAUUUUUAUAAGAAACUUGUUCUCUGGAAAACAAAAGAAAGAUCAAUUACGUAAACCUUUAAUUUUAGAAAAGUAGUUGAAAACUUUAUAGUUGUUACUCCAUCAGUAUUAAAAUAGAAAUUAAUUUAUACAAAGCGCUUAGUUGUAGUAUUGUAAUUUUUACUAAUAAAUUAAGAUUUUGGAACGAUGUUAAAAAUACUCAAUAAUCCAUAGAUAUUUGACUAAUUAAUUACUAUAAGGUACCUUGAAAUUGUAUAAAGCAUUCCUAGUAUACAUUCCUUAUUUAAUUGUUACUUGUACAUAUUAUUGUUUCAACUAACAUUCCCAGCCUCGGUGAUAUUUAUUGAUAGUCUGAUUAGCUUUGCUUAUCGAGAUUUUAAUUGAAUUAAUAUACAUUUUUAUUCAGGUAAUGUUUAAUUUAUUGAAAAAUAGAAUGAAUUGAAUUGAAUAAAUUUUAGAAAAAAAAAAUAGAUUUAAAAAUAUCAAUUUAAUUAAAAAGCUUUACAAAGGAAGAUCAUUGUAGAUCGGAAUCUUGUAGUAAUUUUACUAUUUAUUAUAUAGGAAAUAAGGUGACUAUGUAAUAUUUUAAGGAGUACAUGAAGAUAUAAAACCAG